AUGGCCAAGCUGCUCCAGGUCCAUGGCUACCGGGUGGUCAUUGUCGGUGAAGGGCGAAGUGAAGACACCCUCGCCCGAAUCAGAGCAGUAGCCAUCGAGGCGCUCCCCACGGAUCAGGACCUGGUCAUCCAGGUCGACUACAUCUUAUCCAUUGUGCCACCCCGCAAUGCCCUCGACACGGCAACAAGGAUUGCGGGGGUCUGCAGGCAGCCCGAAACAGAAUCGCGGAGACGAUCACUGACCGACAUCAACGGACACGCGAGCCGAAGUCCGCUCAACUUCCUCGACCUCAAUACGAGGCCCUCCCGAUUGGCAGAGGAGACGAGGGCCCUCUUCGCCGAUCCCACGACGGCCACGUCAGGAACGGUCAGGUGCCACUUUCUCGACGGCGGCAUCAUUGGAGGACCUCCAGCGCAGCAGGCGGACGGAACGUGGAAGAGGCCCAGCGUCGUGGUCUCGGGGGUUGUGGGGGAGGGCAGACAGGCUCCCCACACGUUUGCGCCGUUGGCCGCGGUCCUGAAAGUGAAGAUUGCCACGGAGCGGAUUGGAGCGGCGCCGACCCUCAAGUUUUCGUUUGCCGCUCUUUGCCGCUCUGGCAAAAGGUCUCACGGCGCUGUCGAUCCUGUCCUUCUCCACGGUUCAGCGGGCGGAGCUGCUGCCGGAACCCUGGCUCACCUGGACGAGUACUCGCCGGCGACGGCGGCGUUGUCGCGAUCCGGGGUGGUGGGGAUGAGCCCCAAGGCGUACCGGUGGGAGGAGAUGCGUGGUAUUGGGGUGACACUGGAUCGCGAGGGCGGGUGGGAUGGUGUCGGGGAGCGCGUGUACGGAGUGAUCGCGGAGGGUGUAUCGCACGGUGGCGGAAGAGACGAUCCUCGGACAGGAACGAGUCGGGCGGCAGACACAAGGACGCAGUGUGAGCGACGCUGCCGAUAUUAUUGCCAGGUGCUCCCGAUGAGGACAAGCACUGCCAAGACAUGGUCUUGA